AAUAAUUAAUGCUCAAAAAAAUUUACCCAUGUUUAAAUUUAAAGACAAUUUCAAAAAUAUAGUUCAAAAUAAUGAUGUUAUUGUAAUUGCUGGAGAUACUGGGUGUGGUAAAUCAACUCAAAUUCCUCAAUAUUUGAUUGAGUUAGGAUUUAAAAACAUUACUUGUACUCAACCUAGAAGGAUAGCAUGUAUAUCUUUAUGUAAAAGAGUGGCAUAUGAGUUAAAAACUUCAAGUGAUAUGCAAAAUUACAUCAACACAACUUUUGGUGAUUCAUUUUUCACUUUAAAUACUGAGACAAAUCUUCCUCAAAAUAAUACUUCUAUAGGAUACCAAAUAAGAUUUGAUAAAACCUAUUUUUCACAUCCUAAAAAUAUUUUAACCACAAAGAAUGAAGAUGAUUUAACAAGAAAGGAUAGUUUUAAUAAAUUAUUAUUUAUGACUGAAGGAAUUCUAUUGAGGCAAUUGGGCACUGACCCCAAUCUUUCAGGCUAUGAUUGUAUAUUGAUUGAUGAAGUUCAUGAGAGACAUUGUACAACUGACUUUAUUCUUGGCUCCCUAAAAUGCAUUCUUUCCAAAUUUAAAUUUUCCAAGACAAAGCCUAAUUUUAAAUUGAUAUUGAUGUCAGCCACAAUAAAUACACAAUUGUUUGUAGACUAUUUUGAUAAAUGUGCCUUUUUACAAGUUCCUGGACGAUUAUACCCUAUAGAAUUAGUUUACGUUCCUCUUAAUGAUGAAUCUAAUGUUAGAGAUAAUAAAGAAAUGCUCAAGGUAAAUGAAUUAUGCAAUCCUGAACCUUAUGUAAGGUUGCUCAAAAGUAUUGACCAAAAAUAUGGGUCACCUCUUAAUCAACCUGGUGAUGUGUUGAUAUUUUUGCCUGGAGUUCAGGAAAUUAAUAAUGUAGCUAGUGCCCUUAAAGAAUAUUCUUUUGAUAAAGGAUUUCAAGCCAAAGUUAAUGCCCCAGACCCAAACCUAAUUGGUAAUUCCAACCAUUGGGUUAUCUUACCUCUUCAUGCCUCCCUCUCCACUCAUGAUCAAGAUAUGGUUUUUGACAUAACACCAGCUGGUUAUAGGAAAUGCGUUUUGGCCACCAAUGUAGCAGAGACUUCGGUUACUAUAGAUGGUAUAAGAUUUGUGAUUGAUAGUGGAAAAGUAAAAGAAUUACAUUAUGAUCCAUUGACUAAAAUGUCGCGUCUUAAAACCUUUUGGAUUAGCAAAGCUGGUGCUGAACAAAGAAAAGGUAGAGCAGGCAGAACUGGACCGGGUAUUUGCUACCGACUAUAUGAUCACCAAAAACAUUUCGAGCAAACUUUCAAGGACUUUUCGCUAUCAGAAAUAUCGAAAGUUCCCAUACAUUGUUUGGUUCUUCAAAUAUUGGCCCUUGGUGAUGGCUUGCACAAAAUUAAUCCUGAGUUAACCAAUUCUUUUGCCAAAAGUGAAGGAGGUGAAAAUGACGCUCUUGAUGACAAAGGCGAUAAUAAUGAGAAGUGUAUUGGCGAAGAGUUUUUUGGAGGGGAUAUCAAAAAAUUCCCUUUUAUAGAACCACCCGACCCUUCUACUCUCGAUGCCUCUAUAGCGUAUCUGUCUCAACACGGUGCUCUGACAAUAUUACAAGAUGACAAGGUCGAAUUGACUAAUUAUGGUAGACUGUUAGCUCGCUUACCAUUAGACAUCACCGUAGCUAAAAUGCUCAUGAACGCUUAUUUCCUAAACGUUGAUUUUAACAGCACCACGAAGCUUAUCGAUAUAACCUUGACACUAUCUGCCAUUUUCAGUAUAAGAUCCAUUUUUAACGCUAAAGCUAAUAGAGAUGUUAAAGCGUUUUGCGCGCGUCAAUCCUUGCAAUCGCCUCAACACGGGGAUCCCUUUACCCUAUUCAACCUUUUCAAUCACUGGAUCAAGUUAAAAAUCGAAGACAUUGAUUAUUCCAGCGCCUAUAUGAACCCUUAUGAUAAUAAAAGAUCUAAUCGCGAUCACAAUAAGUCUAACCAAGAUUCCAACUCGAGUAACAGAGCCAAAAGAUGGUGUCGAAAGGUGGGGGUCGAGGAACAACGUCUUUAUGAAGUUUUAAAACUCAGGAAACAGUUUGGUUCUCUGAUGAAACGGGAAUUUUCGAAUAAACGUCAGGACAUUAGUCAUGAUAAUGUCGAAGCAUCAGCUGAUAAACCUGAGAUAGGAAUUAUCAAAAGACUCAAACGGGAAAGACUCACUAAGAGUGGUAGAGUUAAGGUACUUAAAAUCAGAGACAAAGAGACCGCCGGACAUGAUAACAAAGCGCAUUCAAAAGAGGAUACAUCCGGCGCAGAGGAAAUCGAUUCUUCUUCCGAUAUAGAUAUCGAAGAUAUGGAACUGAAAUAUGUCCAAAAUGAUGAUAUCAAAAAAUUAUACGUUCCCGAAAUGAAUUCCGAAGAUAUAGCAAUGGUUAAAUUCGUAUUGUUGUCAGGAUUUUAUCCUCACAUAGCAAUCCCUGACCAGUUUGAUACUUUUAAAAGAGGAUCCGAUUUGAUCUACCAUACGAAGGAAAAACCAUUCGUUGCCAUUCACCCUCAUUCAUCGUUAACCCUUGAACCAGAGUUAUACUUAGCUAAAGGACCCCAAUCUGAUACAAUUUUACUAUCUUACGCCUCUUUAUUAGAAACGACUGCCAAGCCAAAUUUGCUGAACCCACUCACUCUGCAGCACCCAUUCCCUUACAUGAACAUAUUUUGCGAUUCCAUCAUUAUGGCUGUUAAAGAUCUUGGAAGCUCGUCUGUUGAUAAAAUGGCCAUAGAGAUCAUAUACGAUAACUGGUGUCUCCUAAAAUUUAAGGGAGAACUAGCAUUCAAUAAAGUUGUAUCUUCACUCUGUGUAGCCUUAGCUAUUCGUCAGCUUUUCGAGAUUUUGAGAGAUAAAUUGACUCUAGCCCAUUCAUUACCUUGUAUCGAGGCAGAAAAGGAUGAAAUUAAUGUUGAGGAGAAAAGUACCAUGGGUCAAAAAGUUGCAUCAAAUGACAUAAACGUUCGGGUCCUACAUAAUAUGAUCAAUUCCAACCUUUCAAAUUUUACCGACAUGGCUUAUACCGUUAAAAAGGUGGGAGGUCACUCAUUUCGCCCAGAAAAUGUAUCGUUAAUUCCAACGACUACUCAUAUUCGUACGCAGAGCAGAGACGUCGGCGAUUUACAAAAUUGUGUCACUGCUUUGUUAGAAAAUCCGACAUCUCUCGAACAUACUUUCCCUUACUUCCAAAUAUCCCUCGAUAGCGAAGAAAUCAACUCCAUUACGCAACCCUUUAACUGCGAUAAAUGUCACGAAUUUAAAGGCGAGAAUAAUCAAUGUAUAAAUUCACACAUCUUAAAGGUUUACAUGGAACAUCUAAUCGGGUGCAACAUUAAGUUGGCCUUGGUUAAGUUGGACUCUAAGCUUACAUACGAUAAUUUCAAUGAGUUUAGUCUAAAAGAUUUAGGUAAAGGUGUUAAAAAUGAAAAUAUAUUUUACUGCGAAGCCUGUGGAAAGAAUUUUACAAAUUUUACCAAAAUCGAUAUCUUGCGACACAAAAAAACGCAUCCGUCUUGAUCAUAUUUAUAAGAAAAUUUCUUGUAAUGUUGGACAAGUUUUC